AUGCCCUCGACUGUCAAGUCUAAAGAUGCCAUGGCUGAAGACGACCCGGCAUACGACAGUUCCGAUGUCGACUUCGACGAACCCGGCGCCGAAUUCAAGCAUGUCGGUCACAAGUCCAUAAAAGCAAUGCUGGAGGCCCCUUUCUCGCGAACCGAAAGCAAGAAAUGGAUUAGGCAAUUGACCCAAAGUGGGAAGUGGCACGAGCGAUACGCCUGCUGGUUAUGGUGGAAUCGCUUGACAGCGUUCCGGGAGCAGCUGCUGUUGAAACCGAAACGUACAAUGCCCACGCACGAAGACCUGACCAGGUUCAUCGUUCACUUCGCCUCCAUCCAUAGCGGUCGAGGAACUAAUGGCAUCCUCAACUACGAGACCGUGCGACACGGCCUACUAUAUCUAAACAAGACACUGAUCUUCAAGUACGAAGAGUGGCACCUCAGCGCACAUGGGAGUGCUCAACUUCAAGGGGCCUUGGACCAGCUCCUGCGUGAAGGGCAGUUGACCCGUGAGUUGACCCGUUCGAGGGAACCUGUUGGAGCCGUAGUCGUUCGGCGGCUUGUGAGGGCUCUAUAUCACGACGCCAUUACGACGGGCACACAAAGCUGGAGCAUGCUACUCAAUGACAUCGCCAUCAUCGUUCUGACGGCGUGCUUCAACUGCCGGGGCGGUGAUCUGCUCGGUGACUCAUCCAAGGGUAAGGACAAGCGACCCGACCUUCCAGGACUUAGGUACUCCGACCUGGAGUUGGUGGUCGGCCAAGGCGGCACCAUCAAAGACAUUAUCACGAGAGUAAAGAUGAGGAACGCGAAAGGGAUGAAAGAUGACGAAAAGAUGUUCUUCUAUGUCUCCCGCAACGCCCUUCCAGACGGUUCCGACAACAUCCUUUGCGCGGUCAAGAUCAUACUUGUCUUAGCACUUCGAUCGGGCAACACACAAGGAACCUCGAUUAACCAAGUGCUAUCCAUCGCUAAGGCGCGCCAGGAUCGUACGAUUAGAUGGCGUCGUCCCGGUCGCCCCGUACUCUGCGCUGCAAUAUCAACGACGAACACCCCCGACUACGAGAGCUUAGCUCCCAGGCAAAGGGGCAACAAAAUUCUGAUCAAGGCCAAUGCUAUUCUCGGAAACACGUUAUCGAUGAGUAUGCAUGCGUUGCGGUUCGGCAGUGCUGCGGAUCUGAUGGCACUCGGGCCAGAAGUAAAAACUGGUUUCUCGAUGGACACGCUCGCGAACGAGCUAGCUCACACCCGGACAGCUCGCUCCAAGGGCGUGGGGUUGAUAUAUGCGCAAUCGUACUCUACGAACGACGCUUGGCAGCAGCGUGUGAAGCUUACGGCAGACAAGUUUCCGUUUCAGAAACAUGUGAUCGCUACGAAUGACCAACUCCUACUACCACAACAAGCGGAUGCCGUGAGCCGAAAGCGAAAGCGGAGAGUUGCCGAUGCAGAAGGGGAUGGCGAAGCUCGACAUCAUGACACUACCCAACGUCGAGACCGGUAUGACCAUGAGCCGACGACUAUGGAAACCCAUAAUGCCAAACGUCAGUCGGAAGCACCUUCAUCAGCCCAAUACGCCCUGGAAACUUUGCAAAUACAGAUCGGUGCCGGCCAGACUUCACAGGCACGACAGACCUUGCUGCAACUGAUGGCACACAUUGAUAACACAGUGCCACCGAACCAGGAAACAAAAACCAGUUCUCAGGACAUCAUCAAGGACAACAAAUUGGAUGACGAUGACAAGCAUGAAGAUGUUCUGCUAGACCAUGCCAUAUUACUGAACGACAUUGGCGAGCAAAGGAUGGCCCCGGAUCACAUGCAUAACGAGGCAAUUGAUGCAUUGCUCUUGGGUGGUGAGGCUCCAGUAAAGCUGGACUCUACGAACCGGAGUCAGUUCUUAUCCUCACUGACGGGCGACCCGGCCGAGUUCGUCCGGCAGAUGGCGUCCGUCAACGUCAUCCGAACCUCUAGCACGACGGCUAAGCAGUGGAAAGUUGCGGAAGCUGCAGGUUCCGACUCGACGACAACUGUAUCUACAGCCACACGCUUCGUGUUUCCCUGUUCAAAUGCAUCUAACGGCUGCGGUUAUACAGCAACAGAUCUAGAUAUCAUGAAGCUCCAUUCGUACAACUGCGAGCACACAGCACUAUUGUUACCAACAAAGGACAAGACUAAGGCCAAAGCCGGGAAAUCAUGGAAAUGUGGAACAACAGGUUGCAACAAGUCAUACGCCCGCAAAGGCGAUCUGGCCGAGCAUGAAUUGCAAAUUCAUAUAAAAACCAGUUGUUUUGUUUCAGGCUGUACGGACCCUACAGUAUACAAUGGAGAAAAGUCACUGUUUCAAGACCACAUCAUCCAGGAACAUCCUGCUGCAGGCGCGCCGCAUGCCCACCUGAAGGACCAGUACGUCGCUACCUUUAGCUGUCCUAUAACCGAUUGCAACUCCAAUAUUCAAUUCAGGUUCUAUUCCAGCAGAUCGUGGUCCUGCGCUCCGUUUGCACGCCAUCUAGAGACCGCCCAUAGCAUCAUAGACAGACAACUGCGCAAGAGCCUCAUUCCAAAAUUUGCUGGCAACCCCUGCGCAUUUCUAGGCUGUGUGUCUGUAGAAUUAUUCGGGGUCAAUGAGAAGGGGAGAGCUGACUACAAAGACCAUCUAGAGCUCAUCCAUGGAGUGGAUGACGCAAACGAGAGAUACGAGUAUACAUGGGAACGAGUCCGGGAUAUGGUUAUGCCACUCAAGAGGUGA